CGAGUCUGGUUGCCAGCGCUUCCCUUUCAACAAUUUCACAUACUGUUUAACUCUCUUUUCAAAGUGCUUUUCAUCUUUCGAUCACUCUACUUGUGCGCUAUCGGUCUCUGGCCAAUAUUUAGCUUUAGAUGAAAUUUACCACCCAUUUUGAGCUGCAUUCCCAAACAACUCGACUCGUCGAAGGAGUUUCACAUAGGCCCUACCGCGGUCGCAGACGGGAUUCUCACCCUCUCUGACAUCCUGUUCCAAGAAAUUUAGACCACAGCGGUACCCGAAACAUCCUCUACAAAUUACAACUCGGACCGUAAGGCCAGAUUUCAAAUUUGAGCUGUUGCCGCUUCACUCGCCGUUACUGAGGCAAUCCCUGUUGGUUUCUUUUCCUCCGCUUAUUGAUAUGCUUAAGUUCAGCGGGUAUUCCUACCUGAUCCGAGGCCACGGUUCUCCCCCGAGGCCUUGCGGACAACGGGGGGGCGUGAAGAAGGAUAAUGACGCUCGAACAGGUAUGCCCUUCGGAAUACCAAAGGGCGCAAUGUGCGUUCAAAGAUUCGAUGACUCACGGAAAUUCUGCAAUUCGCAUUACUUAUCGCAUUUCGCUGCGUUCUUCAUCGAUGCCAGAACCAAGAGAUCCCCGAAACACCUCCCAACCAAGGGCACAGCACCGUCCCCGCGAAGGGACAGACCGCCCAAGGUCAUCCAAUUGCCCCCACUGAGUGCUUCAAGGGAUGGUCCGCCACCAUACCCGGUCGGUUGGGGAACCCCCAACAACCCCAGGACGGUUGCAUACAACCCUCAAAAGGAGGACCCCGGAACAGGAUCACGCCGACCGCCAGUCAUCCACAGACCUCAUAACCACCCCUCGACAAAGUCUAGGGGACAGUUUCAGACCGUUCGAUCGUCCACCACCUCCCUUAGGGAACCCCAGGGGGAGAUGGUGAAGCCGUCGGGCCAGGCCACCCUCCUCGGAUCGGAGCCAAAGACUCGACCAAAGGGGGACGACCGUUCAAGCGCGGGACCGGACAAUAAUUGUACGGGUUGUGAGGAUAUUGGUUUCGCAGAUGCCCUCCCACAGGGCACGAAUG